CAUCCUAAUUGUUCAACCAAAGCAUAAGAAAAAAGUGUAAACAUAAUUAUCAACUUAUUGAAAAAACUUUUAUUAAAUAAAUUUGUUGAAAUAUUUCAGUUUGUAGGCCGAGGAAAUUUAGAGAAUUAAGAAUAGAGAAAUCAAGAGAAGAAAAUAAAGAGCACAGAAUAGAAAGCCAGAAACGUUCCUCAAGUUUACUAAUGCUUAAUGCUUACAUGUGUUAAAGUUUAAAAAAGCGCAAUCCAAAUGCGAUUGUCUGAAAAAGUAAAAUUAUAAUCUAGUAUAAUAUUUAUAAAAGUAGCAUAAAUAAGCUUUUAUAAAAUGGCGACUUGUGAAUUAGAAAAAUCUGAGUCCAAGAAGUUAGAUGUUAUUUUUCGGGACUUAAAUGCUGAUGAUCCUGAAGUUACUGAAAUAGAAAGUUUAUGUUUACAGUGCAAUAAAAAUGGUAUCACAAGAAUGUUGUUAACUAAAAUUCCUUUUUAUAAAGAAGUUGUUGUUAUGUCAUUUUCUUGUGAUCACUGCUUGUGGGAAAAUAAUUCACUUCAGCCUGCAUCUAAAAUUCAAGACCAGGGUGUUUUAUACAAGUUAAAAGUAUUGAAGCCAAAGGAUUUGUCCAGAGUUGUGGUAAAAACUGACUGGGCAUCUAUAACUAUACCUGAGUUAGAAUUUGAAAUACCUUCUCAAAGUCAAGAAGGAACUAUAACAACUGUUGAAGGUGUAAUUGAAAGGACUUGCUUAGGACUUAAUUCAAAAAUUGAGCAGCUUCAGAAAGAAGAUCCUGAUUCUGCUGAAAAAUUAGCUGAAUUUUUGCUUGAAAUUAAUAAGCUUAAAGAUGGUAAUCAUCCGUUUACUUUUGCCUUAAGAGAUUGUUCAGGCAACAGUUUUUUGCAAAGUUUAUCUGCUCCAAAUCCUGAUCCCCAGUUAGAAAUAUCAUAUUUUGCUCAAUCACACGAGGAAUGCUUGAUGAUGGGACUCAAUGAUUCUGAGGAAACUGUGGAAGGAGGGGAGGAAGAAAAAAUUACUGAGGAAGUUUUAGGAUUGCCAACAAAUUGUUAUUCUUGUAAUGCUCCCUGUGUAACUAACAUGAAAGUUACUGAGAUACCACACUUUGAGAAUGUCAUAAUAUGGUCUACAAACUGUGAGGCUUGUGGUCAUAAAACAACUGAAGUUAAAAGCUCAUCAGGAAUUCGGCCUCUUGGAUCUAGGGCUAUACUUAGUAUAAAAGAACACAAGGAUUUGACUAGAGAUCUUUUAAAGUCUGACACCUGCAGUAUCAGUAUAAAGGAAUUAGAUCUAGAAGCUGGUCCUGCUGCAUUUAGAAGUUGUUAUUCAACUGUUGAAGGAAUUUUAACUACCAUUAAGGAGCAGCUUAUUGAAAGCAAUCCUUUUAUCUCUGGUGAUAGUGCUGAUUUAAUAAUGAGAGGAAAACUUGAUUCCGUUCUAAACAAAAUAGAUGAGAUUAUAAAAGGAGAGCGUCAGGCCACUUUAGUGUUAGAUGAUCCUUGUGGGAACAGUUGCAUUCAAGGGUUGGAUGACGAAUCUUGUUCUGAUGAUAAUUUAAUUAUCGAACAAUAUGAACGAACCAUGGAACAAGAUGAAGAACUUGGACUUUUAGAUAUGAAAGUUGAAAACUAUGAAGAAUCGUGAUGCAUUCUGUAUUCUUUUCUAAUGGAAUUAAGAUAAUCUUGUUGCUGUUGAUAUUACAAUAAUAAAUGCUAAGUUUUUAAA